ACAGACAUAUAUGUGCCUGUGUCUCACUUGCAUGAAGAUGCUGCAUGGAAGCCAGAAGUGGGUGUGGGAUCCUCUGGAACUGGGGUUAUAGGCGGUUGUGGGUGCUGGGAACCCACAUUCUCUGCAAGAGCAGUAAGUACUUUUAGCCAGAGCCAUCUCUCCAGACACACAUGCAGCUUCUUGAUGAGCUAAAGGCAUCUUGAUAUAACCCGAGUCGUUCUGGGGAUUGCUGUGAAGCUGCGUUCCAGCUUCAGCCUUUGGAAACCACAGGAGGAUGGACUCAGACAAGUUCUGGAGGAGAUGAAAGCUUUGUAUGAACAAAACCAGUCUGAUGUGAAUGAAGCAAAGUCAGCUGGACGUGGUGAUUUGAUACCAACCAUCAAAUUUCGGCAUUGUUCUUUGUUAAGAAAUAGACGCUGCACUAUAGCAUACCUGUAUGACCGGUUGCUUCGGAUUAGAGCACUCAGGUGGGAAUAUGGGAGUGUCUUGCCAAAUACAUUACGAUUCCACAUGUCUGCUGAAGAAGUGGAGUGGUUCAACCAUUAUAAAAAGUCUCUUGCUACUUACAUGAGGUCACUGGGAGGAGAUGAAGGCUUGGACAUCACACAAGAUGUGAAACCCCCCAAAAGCCUAUAUAUUGAAGUGCGGUGUUUAAAAGACUAUGGAGAAUUUGAAGUUGAUGAUGGCACUUCAGUCCUGCUUAAAAAGAAUAGUCAGCACUUUUUGCCUCGGUGGAAGUGUGAGCAGUUAAUCAGACAAGGAGUUCUAGAGCACGUGCUGUCCUGACUGCCCUGUGCUGGCGGCCGCAGCAGGAUGUGAAGCUCGGCCACAGAAGCUCCCAGAAGUGUCCUUGCUGGGCCUCCCUCCUUGGCUUUAAAUUUACAGACAUGCAUUAACAUACCCAAGAGGGCUUGGGGUCCAGCUCUUUGGAAGAGCACCCGCAAAGCAUUUAGAAACCCAGAGUUUCAUCCCUAGUACCUCAAAAGAUAAGACAACAAAAAUCAAAGAGAAGACUACACCAAGAACUCCUGGCCAGGAGUAGUGUCAGCCAGCUCUUCAGCCUGUGUUCCAGGCUGACCUCUACUUACUCCAUUCCCACAGGAAUAUUGUAUUCUUAUCAUUGAAAAUAAACAGUCUUUGGUUUGGA